AUGGGUACCGAGGCAGUGACAGCAGUCUCCUGCGUGGUGAAGACAGCAACAGGAUCUGCCUGGCGGACAGCCGCACAGAUCCUGCUGCCGAUGGUAGCAGCAUGCGCGGUAGAAACCGCACAUGCCGAAUCCCGAGGCGCGACACGAGCCCUCCGGCUCUGUGAAGCGCCCCUCCCGGUUGACAGCGCCCCCCGACGAGACAAUUGGACGCGAAUGAUGACGAGCGUCGGUAUUUGUCUCGUCGAGGUUUGCGUGGCCAGACUCGGCGGUGGACAAGGCCGCGAGCUGGGGAGGAGGGGUCGGGGUUGGAGGUGUUGGGAGAGAAGGGGUUGGGUCCUCGGCGCCGGUCGUCUUUUCGACGUUGCCGGUGGAAACCGAGGACACCAACACACACUCGAGCUUGCCAGUCUCCUUCUGGGCUUGCUCGGGGUGAUGCACCUCCUCCUGCAACUUGCCGUGGCGGCGUUCCUUCCGCUGGACGAGUUUCCAGUUGGAAGAUGGAGUGGAGGGGUCGACGAGGACCUCUCGAGAAAGGGCAGCAGGGCCCGUGAAUGGCUCGGAAGAGCCUGGGGUUGGGGUCUUAGACCCGGAGUCUUUGUCUGA